CAGCCGCAAAGAUGCCUCGGGCAAUGAAGAAGCAGAAGCUGGAUCUAAGCGACGACGAAAGCGAUGCCGGCGUCAAGAUCGAGCCUUCCACCUUCAAAAUCAACGAGUCGUAUGCCGCUCGCUUCGAACACAACAAAAAGCGCGAAGAACAGGCCCGGCUGGAGGAAAAGUAUGGCGCAGGGAAUGUGGCGGGAAAUGGCAGCAAGCGCAAGUUCGACGACGACGACGACGAAGACGAUGAUUCGAGCACCGACGAGGAGGAAGACGACGAUGCUGAGCUGGCAGACGAGGAAGUCGACGAGGAGAUUGAGAAUGUGCUGCAGGCCAUCCGGAACAAGGACCCGCGCAUCAAAGACCCCAAUGUGAAGUUCUUCAAAGACUAUAACCCCGAGCAAGAUGGCGCCAAGGGGAAGGAGAAGGAGGGAAAGCCCAUGACACUGCACGAUUACCAGCGGGAGAGACUGCUCGCCGGUGAGAUGGGAGACAAUGACGACGAGGAGGUGCCGGUGCAGACAUACCAGCAAGAGCAGGACGAGAUGCGGAAGAAUUUGGUUGGCCAGAUGCACGCUACGGCCGCUGACGAUGCAGAGAGCGAAGACAACGACGAUGAGGAAGAUGGUAUGUUGGUGCGCAAGAAGAAGAGCAAGCACGAAGACCUUCCCACUGCCGACACCAAGUCCAAGUCCAGGAAGAAGAAGGUCAAGAUCACGGAGCAGGAUAUCAACGAGGCCGACAAGGAUCCAGAGACCUAUCUGUCCAACUUUAUGGCCGCCCGAGCUUGGCUGCCGACUGAUGGCUCCCGCUUCCAGCCGCUCGAGUCGGAUGACAGCGAGGAUGAGAAAAAGGCAGAAGAGUACGAACAUCUAUACAACCUACGCCACGAGGACCCGACCGCCAAUGAGAAGCUCAAGUCCUUCUCACGUGAUGUUGGCAAGUAUGGUGUGCGGAGAGAUGAAAAGACUGGUCGUGCCAAGCAAAGAGAGCGUGAAAAGGAAACGAAGGAGGCUGCCAAGCGAGAACGUGAGGAGGAAAAGGCUCGACUGCGCAAACUCAAGGUGGAAGAAGCAGAGGAGAAGGUCAAGCGUAUCAAAGAAGCUGCCGGGUUGCGAGGCAAAGCCAUUGACUUGGAUGAGUGGCGAGACGUUAUUGAAGGCGACUUCGACGACGACAAAUGGGAGCAGGAGAUGAAGCGUCGCUUUGGAGAAGACUACUACGCGGAAGAUGAUGCGAUGUCGGAGGACGAAGACGAGAAAGCUGGCGGAAGCAAGUCUCGUAAACCCAAGAAACCCAAAUUCGACGACGACAUCGACAUCAACGACAUCAUACCCGAUUUUGAUGCCGGCGACAAACCCAACAUCACGCUCACGGACGACGAAGAUGACGAGGAGGGAGGUGCACCUCUCCCUCCCGCUUCCGACGAAGAGACGUCUGGGAAGAAACGCAAAACGAAAAAGGACCGCCUACAAGAGAAGUCUGACGCCAAACGUGCUGCGCGCAAAGAACGCGCCAAGAUUGAAGAAAUCAUCGACUCUGCUCUCCCACUCAGUCACCCCACCUUGGCCUCUUCCGCAGGCUCGCACAAAGCUCCCGUCACAGGUUUCCGCUACCGCGAAACUUCUCCCACAUCCUUUGGUCUAUCAGCGAGAGAUAUCUUGUUUGCAGACGACACGGCAUUGAACUCGUAUGCGGGAUUGAAGAAAAUGGCCGCCUUUCGAGACCAGGAGAAGAAGCAGAGGGAUAAGAAGAAGUACAGUAAGAAGCAAAGACUCAAGAUGUGGAGGAAAGAGACGUUUGGAACUCCGGAUGAGCCCACGGGCGGUUUCGAGAGGAUCUUGGGCACCUUCGGGGAGCAGGUCAGUACGGGGGCGAAUCAUGUUAAUCUUGCCGCAGCUGAGGAGAGCGGGAAAUCGAAUGGAACUAGCAAAGAGGGAACGAAGAAAAAGAAGAGAAGUAGAAAGAACAAGUCGAGCUCGGCGGCUUGAGUGAAUAGUGGCAAGUAAUUUCUCCAUCUAGAUGGCGGAGGAGAGGCGUGUAUAUAUACAUCUUCUGUACGAC